AUGGUGCAGAACAUUGUCGGCUCUAGAGCGUUGGUUUACACAGUGCGAAAGAUUGAACCGGGAAUGUUUGCCUCUAGCAUCCUGACCAACUCAACUCUGGCUGCAUUGGACUUGAGCGAAAACUCGCUCGGAAAGUACGGAACUCAGGUGCUGGCCGAGGCACUCAAGAUCAACUCGACUCUGACCACUUUGAACUUGUGCGGAACUCAGGCGCUGGCUAAGGCACUCAAGUUCAACUUGACUCUGACCACUUUGGACUUGUCCAACAAUGCGAUCGGUGACAAUGAAGCUCUGGCGCUGUCUGAGGCACUCAAGGUCAACUCGACUCUGACCACUUUGAACUUGUGUUACAGCUCGAUCAAUGAUAAGGGAGCUCUGGCGCUGUCUGAAGCACUCAAGACCAACUCGACUCUGACCGCUUUGAACUUGAAGUGCAACCCGAUCGAUCCUAAUGGAGCUCAGGCGCCGUCUGAUGCACUCAAGACCAACUCGACUCUGACUACUUUGCACUUGUCCUGGAUCGGAGACAACGGAGCUCAUGCACUGGCUGAGGCACUCAAGAUCAACUCGACUCUGGCUGCUUUGGACUUGAGUUACAACUCGCUCGGAUCUAGCGGAGCUCAGGCGCUGGCUGAGGCACGAAUGGCAUUAACAACCAGAUAUUUCUAG